CCUGGUGCAGAUGGAAGGUCUGAACCCUCUCUGUGUGGCUGUUGUGUUGCUUGCAGGUCUCUCCCUUCGCCAGGACGGCCAGAUGCCCCAGAUCUUUGAUGGCCCUGCGCUUGCUGUCCCGUGGCUGGCCUCCCUGUGGCCGCAGGACGACCACAGAGGCAAGAUGGCCACAGACAAGGUAUCAGGCUUUGUGUUUCACUCUCUUUCGAGAGGGGUACCUUUGGAGGGGGCCCUGUGCCAUUCGGAGGGCGUCACUUCCUUCCGCGUCCGGUGCCUGGCUGCUUUCAGCGCACCGCUUUCCGUCGGUGGACGCUUUUCCUUUUGGUCUUGAUUGUCAUUUGGCCCUGUACCUUUGUAGAGGAUCUCACUUCCUUCCCUCAGCUCCAGUCUGUUCCCUUGCUGCUUUCGGUCCUUUCAGCGCAUCGCGAUGAACAGUCAGUCACACAGAUCACUCCCGUCCGGCCCGCUGGCGGGCAGCGAUCGAUGGCUCGUGACGCACGAGUACACGAGGCUGCGGCUCUGCAGCGAAGUCCACCGAUGGGAACCGCUGAAACGGUCAGUGAGUGAAGGCAGGGAGGGUGCGUCUGUGGGCUUUUAUAUGUCUGAACGUAAUGACAGUUUCCCCCCCUAUGUCUGAACGUGUGUUGUCCGUACGACGGUGUGUCUGUCAAUGAUCAGGCUGGUUGACGAGGCGCGUCGGUACGUCAACGAAUGGAAGUCGCUUGAGAGCCAGAUGGACUCGUUCUGGCACCGCAAGUCGAGCAAGAUAGUGCUGGCCGUCGUCAUGGUGGUCGAGAAGGGCCGCCUGAGGUUCUACAGGGGCAUGAACUCUGAGAUAUCUCUGCCCUCAGGUGAGACUGCCUGCCUACUCACACACACGACUGCCAGCCCGCCAUUUUGUAUGAUGUUGGAUCUGUGUGGUGUGUGGUGUGUGGUGCGUGUGGUGUCCGAGCAGGCUCGAAUUGCGCGGAGCGUUCGGCCAUCUCGACGUGUAUAUCGAAUAUGCUCACUGUGCGCCGCAGCGACUUCCGCGCCAUCGCCGUGGUCGAUCCGAAGGACGAGCUCAACCCAGUCUUUCCGUGUGGCGUGUGCGACGAAUGGCUCAAGAAACUACAAGUACACACACAGACACACACACAGUGCCGGCCUAAAUUGUCAUGUGCAUUGUGUUCAGGAGGAGUCCCCGAUGUUCUCCAUCGUGACGUUCACCACCUCCGAGUGCGAUGCGAUACUCGAGAGAUGUCCCCCCCUCGGCUUCCAAUACAACACCCCGCUCGUCGCCAGCUGCCAGCAGUGCCGCACGCGCCGAUUCCGAUCCAGGUUACACAGGCACACACGCCUGGGCAUGUUGACACACGGCCGGCUAGCUGAUUUGCGCGCGCGCGCGUGUGUGUGUGUGUGUGUGUAUAGGCCGAGGAAUCGUGUGUAUAGGCGCAUCAAGGUGAUGGGACUGAUCAAGAACAACUGCCCCGAGGAGGCGCGGGACACCAAUGGCGUUGACUCGGGGGUGCUGCCCGAUCUCGAUGUGCCCAAGACCUUCGCAGGUGCCGCGGUGUCUUUCAAGGGCCACAGUGUGGUGAAUCUUGGCCAUACGGGCACCGUCAAGGGCAUGACGGCCGCCUGCUCGACCAAGCUGACGCUGGCUGACGACGGCAUGGGAGUGGGCAACGGGACAUUCACGCUGUGCUUCGAGCAAAGCCUGGCGAGUGGCGGUGAGGCCACCGGCAGCAAGAAGCUGCUGAGCGGUGUGUAUCGUGUGGAGGAAUGCGAUGCGGGCAUCCAUGACACGCUGCGGAUCGCUCUGCAGUGCACAGAGGUACGUACGGAGCACCUGCACGCAACACCUGCACCCCAGAACAGACAGAUCGAUGUGCACUCCACGUGUGUAUGUAUGUGUCUGUUGUCCGCCCCGCAGAUGAGUGGCAAGUUGGUUACGGCGCACACGACUGCGUUUGAGCGUGCACAUGCCUUCAGAUCCGAGGCAAGUUUUUCCCUGCACGUCGACACGCACAACAGCCAAGCGUCCCUGUCCAUCGCCAACCACAAGGACCAGCUCAUGUUCACGCCGUACCCAAAGGUGAAUCAGCCGUGACACACCAUCAAUAUCUCAUCACAGCGAGCGAGCGUCUUACUGUGUUUGGCGUUCUCCCUUGUGUGUGCGUGUGCAGGAGUUGACGAUGCACUCCAAGCCGAGCAGUUGCCCAUCCGUGCUGUAGGCAGCAAGGGGAGAGCCCCAACGGAUACCCAACGACCUCAAGUCAGCAAGCAGCCCCCCUUACACACACACGCACACACACACCCCUUACACACACACACACACAUACCGCCUGCCUGCCUGCCUGCCUGCGUGCAGGUCGCUCAAGUUCAUCGAGAAGAUCGUCUCCACGCCCAGCACACAGGCCACGGCGGCCUCGUCCCCAUCCACACGAUACAGCACAAAAACAACCCCGCCAACGCGCGCCGCUUCCACGCCUCCCCCCUCCUCAUGGCCCCCAGUAGGCGAGGGGUCGGCGGUGUUGUGCCCCCGCCCCCCGCUGGCCGCGUCGGGUAUCGGCUGACGGCUUCCGGAAUGGACUACUUGGAGCGGACGGACAAGCUGAGCACACCACCCCGCACACAGAGGGAGAAGGAGUGCGUCAACAUACGUCAAGAUGAACACAUGACUCCUGCUGAGUGCCAAGAUCACACCAUGAGAAGGCAGUGCUGCAGUGGCAGUAAUUGUGACUGUGUUCACAGGUUACUGCUGCCGGAUUUUUAAAGAGAUUUGCGUGUGUUGUGCAUGGGAGUGUGUUCAUUUGUGUAUCUGUUCGUCUGUGACACAAGACAUACGGAACGGCACAUUAGACAUGACCGUAAAGCAUAGCACACUUAAUCUCCUUGGCAGAUGCCCCGCGCAAAGCACAAUAUAUGUAUCUG